AUGAAUGAGACUUCUCUUUCAAUUCAAGAACGUUUUAUUAAAUUUAGUCUAUUACUUUUAUUUGCUAUACCAUCAACUAUAUGUUCUCUUUAUUUUGUCUAUAAUGUUACAAGGAUUCCAAUAUUUCGAAAACGAUUUCCAAAUCAAACAUUAAUUAUUCUUGUUUGUAUUAUUUUAUUGGAUAUACUUUUGAAUAUUUCAAUAACAAUAAGUUUUUAUGCUCGUGGAUAUAUUGGAAUUCAAACUGAAUAUUUUUGUUAUUUUUGGCAAUAUACUGAUUCGACAUUUACUGGUAUUAUUAUCUGGUGUAGGGCAAUAUUUACAGUUGAACGAUACAUUCUUGUAUUUUAUCCAAAUCUUCUUCGUUCUCAACGACAAAAAUUAAUUUAUCAUUACAUACCACUUAUAUUAAUACACACAUAUUUUAUUUCAUUCAAUAUAUACACUGUUUUCUUUUAUGAGUGUGAUUUAAAAAAAAAAUAUACUGAACAUUUAUGUGGUAGUCAGUGUAUUGAUAACUUCGGUGGUUUAUCAAAAUUUAAUUGGUUAUUUAAUAUAUUAUUUCCAGUAUUUAUAAUUGUAUUUGGAUCACUUCUUAUAUUUAUACGUGUCUUAUGGAUACGACGUGAAAUGCAAAGAAAUUUAAGGAAUUGGUCAAAAAAUUGGAAAAUGAUUGUACAACUUUUAGGUAUGGCUAUUAUUUAUACAAUUGUUUGGAUACCUCUUUCGAUUGUUUCAUUAAUUGCAACAUUCACUGUAAAUAAUAGUGUUAUGGAGACAAUUGAAAGUCAUUUGUAUUUUGCAAGUUAUUUGUGUGAAAUGGUUGUACCUAUGAUAGCUUUAUUACUUGCACCUGAAAUUAUACUAAAGUUACGUGGACAUAUGCAAUCCAGUGUUAUGGAUAUUGCAUCUGUAACUAUGGGUCAACAUUCAAAACAUUGA